GUAGAGUUUCAAACAGCUUCAGUUCAUUCACUUUAAACAUAAAAAUUUUUGUGUUUUAAGUUCAUUCACCGAUCGAGUCCUUCUUGUUCUCGUUAUAUAAAUACUUGCUUAAUUUCUGCAUAUAUUAAUUGACGUAUCUAUGGAGAUUGAGAUGAAGAUGGAGCUUGAACUGGGUCUCGCCCUUCCAACCCACAAUACCGACAUUAUAAAGAAUUACAGUAAUAAUAAUAAGCGUGGGUUUGAGGAGGUCUUUGUGGGGGAGAUACAAACGCGGCCUUUGCUGCAGCCGUGGAGCACUCAUCGCCAGCCCAACGAGGAAGAUGAUGAUCACAAGAAACAAAAGAAGACAGCCUCUUGCCCCAUUUACAAGAACGGUAAAGAGGAGAAAGGAGUGGUGGGGUGGCCGCCCAUUAAAGCAUGGAGGAAGAGGCAGUUCUUUGGGUUGGGUGAUCAUCAUGUUCAGAAGAAGGGCACUAAUGAAGGAGGAGGAUCAAUUAAUAACUCUUCACUGUUUGUGAAGGUGAAGAUGGAGGGGGUAGCAACAACAAGGAAGAUUGAUCUCACCCUCCAUCAUUCUUAUCAAACGCUCACAAGAACCUUGAGCACCAUGUUCUCCACAUGUAAGCCAAUGACUCCCUCUCUCUCUCUCUCUCUCUCUCUCUCUCUCUCUCUCUCCAAUCUGUGCGGUGCUGGGAUUAAGUUGUGUAUUGGACAGAUGAGAAGAAUGAUCACAAAGAUGGUGCAUGCUAUAGACUCAUCUAUCAAGACAAGGGAGGGAAUUGGCUGAUUGCAGGAGAUGUUCCAUGGCAGUAUGUACACUCUAGAUUGUCUUCUCUCUUUUGGCUAAAUUAAUUAAAGCCUGUUUGCUGUACAGAUCCAGCUAAAGAAAAUAUAUAAAUAUUUAGGGCUAGAGAUCCUUUUUUAUAUUUUAUUUUUUAAAGUUCCAAAUUACAAUAAAAAUUUAUGUAGGCAAAGUUAGGAAAUAAAAAUUCUCAAUUUUCUUAUAUAAAUCCUGAAACUAGAAAACAAUGCUAGACAUUUUAAAACUUAUUUUAAAAACUGGAGAGGAACAAUAAAAUUGAAUAGAGUCUGGGUUUUUUCAAGCCUGGUUUUUUAUUUUUCUUUUAAUCAUAUAAUUCUCAAUAGCGUUUUAUUUAGGUGGCAAGUACAAUUUAAAUUUAUAUAUAUAUCUUCGAUCUAAAUUAAGCAUAAAAAGUCGGUUGAAAAUUAAAUGCAUCCCUUAUAAAAUAAUUGCAUGGAACUAUAUCCAUAUACGUACAAUAGUCAAUGAAUUAUUAGAAUUUGGGAAGACUUCAAAUCACUUGCAAUGGAUAUAUUCCUCUAAUAUCUUAAACACCUUUUACUGACUUUGACUUAUAAAAAUUAUUAUAUGCCAAAAAAGGAAUGAACAACAAAUCUUACUUUUGAAAUCAACUGCAAUGAUGAAAUUUUUACUUGAAGAGAAAAUUUCAUGAUAGACAUGUAAUAAAAGGGGAGUUUGCUUCAAUUGGUACAUCAAGAAUUACAUCGUGUGCGUGCAUAUGUAUGUGUCUAUAUAUUAUGCCAGAUGAUCUAACCCUUCUUGAAAAUGGUUAUUUUGCAGGAAUUUCAUGAAGUCUGUACAAUGUUUGAAGAUAGAAAGGAUUGGUGUUUGAUUGAUUGUUAGGGCUAUAGAUUGUCUUGUUGGUCAGUCUUUUUUCUUACAUACUAUCAAAUCAAUAUUCAUUAAUUUGAAUAAGUGAUUGUAAACUAUGAGUGGAGUGAGGCUACUAAAUUAAAUCUAGUUAGAUAGAUAAAUUUAGGGAAACUGAAGUAAGGAAAUGCUUUAGUAUGUAUUUGAGAUUAUAUUUUAUCUAGAAUUUUAUUGAAUGUAUUAUCCUGAGUGAUUUUAUGUAUGUAAUAUAAUCAUAUUUCAUAAUUGGCAAUUAGUGUUUAUUUAUAUUUA